CUUACGGAAUUUAGCACGUUAUGUUUACUUUCUACAGUUCACUCCCUGAAUGUCAAGAAAAUAACUAUGUUUAGAAGAAAAGUGUACUCAGAAGUAGUGCUUGCUAAAGAAAAUGAAAUAAAGAUUGGUAUAACACAAGAGCUGUCAGCAGCACUUAAGUUAGUACAGAAGGAUCAUAUUGAUUCUCAAGAUCACACAGUGUACAGCACUGACACAGCCAAUAAUGUAUGUAGCUGUAUUGAAGCUAUAUUUCUCCAUGGACUCAAGUUCAAAGCAGUCACAAAGAUUGCUAGUUAUGUUGGUCUUGGACAAGAAGCUACAUCACAGUCUAGUCUGAAUUUUUGGAACUUUGUAUCAAAUUAUACACAUGGAGAAGUGAUAGCACAGUUGAAACAUCUUGGACAAAUUACUACUGAGAUAGGACUGUGUCGGGCAUGGGUACGUGUAGCACUAAAUGAUGGCAUUAUGGAGAGUUAUAUUGAUGCAAUGAUAUCUGACAGUAAAAAUCUUGAAUAUUUUUACCAGCGUACAGCGUAUCUAAGAGAUAGAGAACAGCCGAGCAUUAUGAAGACAUAUCUUCAAGGUUUGUCAAACUUUGAAUUCAAGCUGUCAUACAAUGCCAGUGUAUUAAAUGAAUGGUCAUAUGCACCGCUUGUGUUAGCAGGAAUCAUAAAUAGUAGAGAUGCUCCACCCCCUGUGAUCAAAACUACAGGUCAAAGUUCAAAAGCAAGCAAACUUCGUGAAAGAGAUGAAGAUUCUGACACAGUUGUUCAUGUUAUAAAAAACAAAUCAAGGUCUAACCUAGAAAGUAGAUGUCCACCUUUUAACCCAAUGGAGCAGCCAAAAUUAGGACCCACAUCAGAAUCUGCCUACUUUAUUUCAUCUUCAGAAUUCACUUCAAGAGAUGUUGAAGAGUUUAAAAAGAUCUCCAAGAAUUUUGAAAAACCACUGUCGGAUUGUUCAAGUUCAAGCCACAUGUCAGCACCUGAUCUGCCACAUUUAAAUGUUAGUCCUGCAACUUAUGUUCAAAAGUAUGGCUUACAUGAGGUGUCAUAUGACGAGACAGACAAUCCAGAAGAAACAACUGACAUUGUAAAAUGUACAACAGACAAUACAGAAGCUUACAAUACUGGAAACUCUUAUAAUACUCUAAUAGAAGGAGGUGCAAAAGGAGAUGCAAAUUUUAGUGAAGACGAAGAUAACAAGAAAAGUAAGAGCAAUGUACAAAUAGAAGAGAGCACAGAAGAGUUCUUUAGUAGUCCAGUCAUAGAAAUAAAACAUGAGCGAGUACGAAGGUUAGAAUCAAUCACCAGAGAAGCUAAAGAAGAUGCAAUUUUGAAUAGUAUCUUAACAGAAGAUCUUCCUGACACUGUAGAAAACGAGCAAGAAAUUUUGGAUGAAGCUAAUUCGGUUAGUAAUGGUAAACAAGGAAGUUCAUUGUAUAAUGUUUAUGGUCCUACAGAGUUGAUAGAUGAUAGUCCUAUUAUAACAGAGGGUGAAAAAUUGAUAGACACGUCAGAAAAACUACUAAAUGAGCUUAGAUUGCAAGAGCAAAGUAAAGUUGUGGAUGAUAAUGAAGGAAAUAUUGGGGAUGAAACUCAUAAAUUGAUAAAAACAAGUAAAAGCACAUCUAUUGACAAAUUAAAGCCACAGUUAAACCUAAAUCCUCAAAAAUCUGCUGAACCAGAUCUUUCUGAUGCUGUUGCAUUAAAAGUUGAUCAAAUGAGAACACUGGACAAUCCUGAAUAUCUGUCAAGACACCGCUUUUCCUUAGCAAUUACAUCAGAUGUUCAAAAAAUUGAUAAUUCUAGUCCAAGAAAAUCUUUACCAAAUGUUCUUGAACAUCACAAUGAAAAUGAAAAAGAUUUAACUUCUAGUAUUGUAGACCAUUUAUAUGAUGGAAUGCCACUUAAUGAAGAUACUGAGAACUUGUCAAGACAGUUCUAUGGUGAAAACAAGAUGUUAGAUGAAAUGGAGAAUGAAGUUAAUUAUGGUUCUCAACCACCGGACUCUACACUUAAAAGGUUGAAUGAGAAACGUGAGAGUGUGGGUAACAACUUGAUGAUGACUGGAAGAGGUUGGUCUUCAUCAUUUGACAGUGAAGCUGGCGAUUCUGUUAAUGCCCUGUCACCACCUUUGUCAUCUAUGUCCCUACCUAUAACAAGGAAAAAAUCUGAAAGUUUUGGGAGUCUGUUACAGAACUAUACACCUGCUAGUUCUCUGUCAGCCAGAUCUGUAGAUGAUGUUCUCAACAACUUUCCAGCUAGAAAGGAAACAGUCUACUCUACACAACAAAAUUCACUAAAUGAGGAUACAGACAAUCUAGAAGAUUUUGAGGUUGUAUGCAGUAAUUGUACAGACUCUGAUAUUAAUGAUAUGUCACAGAUGCUACAGUUUUCAGUUAUUGCAAAUGAGAAAGGAUUAGAUGCUCAAAAUUUCCAAUGUAAAGGCUGCUCACGUGCCAUUGGCUUCAUAUUUGGGAAGCCUCGUGUUUGUAAAUUUGAUGGAUGUUAUUACUGCUAUGAAUGUCAUGAGAAUGAAGAGUACUACAUUCCUACAAGGAUUGUUCACAACUGGGACUUCAGAAAACAUAAAGUUGCCAAGAAAAAUCUGAAGUUUUUGACUGACAAAGAGGAACAACCUUUGCUGAAUAUUGAGGAGAUAAAUCCUAGACUGUAUGAACAUGUUCCUGAAAUGCAGGAAAUUAAGAGUUUACGACUGCAGUUGAUGUUAUUCAGGACGUAUUUAUUUACAUGUAAACAAUCUGUGGCAGAGGAUCUACGUAAACUUGUAUGGCCUAGGGAUUAUCUGUAUGAAAACUCAGAAAUAUAUUCUUUAGCUGAUUUACUACAAGUUCCUACUGGUUCUUUGGCUAGUAGCUUACGUAAAGUCAUAAAGUUUGCUUCUAAACAUGUAUAUGGAUGUAGACUAUGUAGUCAAAAAGGAUUCAUUUGUGAAUUAUGCAAUAACCCAAAAGUUAUCUAUGCUUUUGAAGUAGAUGCCACAUACAGGUGUGACCAGUGUAAGACAGUAUUCCAUAAAGAAUGUAAAACUGAUAAUCGACCAUGCCCAAAAUGUCAAAGGCGUAUGUCACGACAAAUCAACAGUGGAAAUUCAGACAUCAUAUUGACUCCAGAUUAUGAUUUACAAGCUAACUGAGAAUGAUUGAUUUGUUACAUAGUGUAAAUAGCUCAAUUCCAACUAAGUCUGUGAUAAAUACUGGUAUUACUUAUAUAUGCAUGUACCAUGUGACCUUUAUGUAAGUUUAAUAACUAAAAAAGAUUAAAAAAUACAAAUGUAUAUUAUUCAAACUUAUUUGAUUAUUAAGAAAUAAUGCUAACUUGAUGGAAUGAUUGUCUGGUCAUCAGGAGACUGGAGUCAUUAAAUAUGUUACAUGUCAUAGAAUAUAGUAUAUAUAUAUAGGCAGGAAUGUUCAACUCACAACAAUAGAAAGUACCCGUGGACUAACACAUUGAAAUAAAGCAAUAUCUAAUAGCGUUCUAUAAAGAUUAUGUUAAUCAUGCUCCUUUGGUCAAAAUUGGCUCACUUAUUUUAAUUAUGAUUACUUUAAUUUAUAGUCUUGUAUUGGAAAACAUAUAUAAGUUUUAUUUUGGAAACAAUAAUUCCUAAAGCUGAGAUAUUUUGUAUUUAAUUCUACAAAUCUGGUAUUAAUCAUGCCCCUGGGGUCAAUAUUCACCUUUCCCCAUGGGUCACUUAAUUGAAAGUGUCUUAUAUGAGAAAACACAUAAUAAUAAGUCUUAUUUUGUGAAACUACAAUACCUGGCGUUUAAAUAUUUGUCAUGUGGCAUUGCCUUGUUGACCUCUACAAAAUUGAUCAUGCCCCUCAAGUCAAUAUUGACCUAUCUCUGGGGGUCAUUUGUUUUAUACACUGGUAGACUUAUAUAGGAAAACUUAUUCGAGUCUUAUGUAAAACCAUGCUCGGAGCAUACAUGUAUAUAUUUAGCAUGUAGCAUUACCUUGUGAAGCUCUACAUAACUGAAAUCAAUUUUGCCCCUGGGGUCAAGAUUCAACCCUGCCCUUGGGCCACCUGAUUUAUAAAGGCUUAUAUAGGAAAACACAUUUAAGUCUUAUUUGUGAGUUAUCUUUUAUGUGGAUAACUACUUUGUCCAGAACUUCUAUAUUUGGCAUAUAAAAUUGCCUUCUAGACCUCUAUAUAAGUUUUAUGAAUCAUGCAACUAAUAUUAAAAGUGCCUCUACCUUGGAGGUCAUUUAGUAUCAUAAGAUAAAACACUUUUCAGACAAGUUUCUUGAUUGAGUGUCUUCCCUGAACAGAGAUUAUUUUUGAUGAAUCGAGCAAAUUUACAUUGCAGUGUCCUUUGAGAAAAAUGCUUUUUAAAAUCUUUUGUACUGAAACUACCGGUAUAGGAUACAGAUCUUAAAGUUAAACUUACAGUUGAUAGUUUUAUAAAUCGCUGAAACAGACGCUUUUGGCUUUGAUAAUUGGUGACAUUGUCUAAUAAGGCUAUUUAUUAUUUAGAAAUAGUCUCCGUCCUUCCGUCCGACAUUUUUGUCCGGAGCAUAUCUCUAAAAGUAUUUGAGUUAUCAACUCGAAACUUCAUAGGUGGAUAGACCUCAUUGAGGAGGAGUGCAGUGCACAAGAAUGAUAACUCUACCUUUCAUAAUUUGUGAGUUAUUGCCCUUUGUUAUUUUUCAUACCUAAUUUUUCACCCGAGUGGAGCAUAACUCAAAAGUGUUUGAGAUGUCAACAUGAAAAUUUAAUGUCAUAGGUGGAUAGAUUUUAUUGAGGAGGAAUGCUGUGCACAAGAAUGAUAACUCUUCCCUGUACAAUUUUUGAGUUAUUGCCCUUUGUUCUUUUUCAUACUAUUUUGUCCGGAGCUUAUCUCAAAAAGUAUUUGAGGUAUCAACUUGAAACUUCAUAGGUGGAUGGAUCUCAUUGAGGAAGAGUGCAGUGCACAAGAACGAUAACUCUACCCUGCAUAAUUGUUAAGUUAUUGCCCUUCUUUUAUUUUUCAAAAUUAAUUUUUGUCCAGAGCAUAACUCAAAAGGCCUUUGAGAUAUCAUUAUGAAACUUCAUAGGUGCAUAGAUCUCACUCAGGAGGUGUGCAGUGCACAAGAAUGAUAACUCUACCUUUUAUAAUUUUUGAGUUAUUGCCCUUUGUUAUUUUUCAUACUUAAUUUUUCAAUUCAAUUUUUUUCUCAAAAAGAAUUUGAGGUAUCAACUUGAAACUUCAUAGGUGGAUAGAUUUUACUGAGGAGGGAUGCAGCACACAAGAAUGAUAACCUACCCUGCAUUAUUUUUCAGUUAUUGCCCUUUGUUAUUUUCAGCCAUCAGUAUUCACAAAGGUUUCAAAUCUGUAAUCACUAUAGCCAUCAGUUUUCAUUACCAAAAGACCCUUAAAAUGGAAUUAUUCUGCUCUACUACAUAUACAUUCUUCCAAUGAGCAAACACAUUCGGCGGGGGAUGGCCAUGUUGACAUGGCUCUUGUUGUAUUUUAUUUUAGCAAACCCACAAUGUCUUUAUACAUGUAGUAUAUUAUUGAAAUACUUUAUUGCUGAUUAUGUGUUAUAUUCAUAAAUUUAUAUGAGGAAUUUUUUGAAGACUAUAUUUGUGUACAUAAUUUUGAUUAUUAUGAUGUGAUACAGUCAUUUUCAAUGCAAGAAAGAUAUUGAUAUAGUCUUCUCCACCAGUAUACAGUCAAGCCAGCCUACAUUCCUACAGUCUGACCAGGUGAUAUACUGUUGUGUGAGCAAAUCGUAACAUGCCAACAAUUGUAAAUGUAGAAUCAAAAAUAAAAGGUGUGCAAGCCCAUUUAAAGAACUCGACAGGUUAAAGAUUUUGAUAAUUGCAUUGAUUAAAAUUAAUGUAACUUGUAUAUUCAUGUAGCAGUUGAUAAAUAAAGUUAUUGUUAAAUUUUUUA